AUAUCUCUAGUUUGUGAGUUUUUUUUGUAGAUGGACUGGAGAAGGUUAGGAAUUAUAGCUUGACAAUUAAUAGAAAAUUAAUAGAAAAUUUUCCAUAAAUAUUAAUCAAUAUGUUUGGGAAACCUUACCACAAGAUGCCUGUAUCCUCGUGGAUGAUUCCAGGAGGAAACAGAGACCAAAAGAGGUCAUUGAUGAAAGCCCAGAAGUAUCCUAUGGUGAGCGCCAUCAAGCAAAAUCUGGGCGGUCCGUUGUCCGAAGUCUUUUUUUCCUUCCUUACACAUCAACAGCAGGACUUUAUCGGUUACACUCCCAAGCUGAAAGGUCCUGGAGAGGAAACCUGGGUGUCUCCAAGUGAUAUCCUGCAGAAUCAUGUGGUCUUAACCCCUCCAUACACGAACAGGCUUAAACAAGCCAUGACUCACCAGGGUAUCAUGAAGUUGGGACAAGAGGUGGAAGCCAAACUGAUAAAAAAAUAUGAGGAUGAGAUAAGAGAAGAAUACAUAGAGAAGGAAAAAGUUCUAAGAGAGGAAUUCAAGUCCAAGUUGCAAGAGGCUAUAAUUAGAGACAGGGAAUAUCAAGAGCAGUCAAAGAUGAAUACUAUACAGAAGGCCACUACCGAUCUCACCAAAACUUUUCAAGAAGUCCUUUCAAAUACAGUGGAGGAAUUGCUGAAAGAGAGCUGCAGGAAGCUACAAAAGGAGGUUAACCGCAAGCAACAGGAGAUGGAAGACGAGUUGUGUCAGGCCGUGAACCAACGCAGUGACUAUCUCAGUCGACAGUACGAGUUUCAGUUGGCGUGGCGCGAAAAUGAGCUGCUCAUGAAGUGUGAGGACCAAUUUAAGAAACUCAAACAAAUUUCUGCACAGAGGUUGGAAAACGUAUAUGCUGGGUGUCUAAAGAUGAUCAAGGCAAAGGAAGCAGAAAUGGAAGCAAACCAUGUGACAGAUUUGAUUAUCCGUGCUGCCGAACAGGCUUUGAAACAUCACGAAGAAAAAAAUGAAUUGGAGAAUAAUUUUGAAAAUUGGUUUAUGAAAUAUUUUGAUGAUGAAAUCAUUACAAGAGAGUUUUCCGCGUUAAAUAUGGAGAAUGAAAUUAGAUUGUUAAAGAAAAAAUGUGAGAGACGAGAAUAUCAAAUGCGGGAAGUGUUCAGGCAUUUCCAGAAGUUUAUAAACUUUGCGCUUAAGGAGAAACCUGGACAGGCAGAGUUUUUGUUGAGUCUUGAGAAGGAACUACAAGAAUAUUCUGAGGCAAAAUCUGGAGAUAAAGAAGUUGAACUUAUGGCAAGAAUGAUUAUAGAAUUCAUUAUCAAAACCAUCACUGAUAAAAGAGAACAAGAAAAGGUUUUUGAGGUCAUCAAAAAGGAAUCUAUUAGAAUGACUAUUGAUGAUUUUCGUGAUAAAAUACACGAGAAAAGAACAGCACAAAGAGCUUUGAAACUAGAAGGGGAGAAAAAUUUUACAACAUUAAGUGAAAAAUUGUUCAAGCAGCUUGAACAAAAGUCACUAGCCAAGAUGUUUGAAAAGAGUCCUAGCAUGGUGCCACUGAUAUCAUCUAAAAAACCUAAAAAUUAAUUUUUCAAAAAUAUUUUGUCAAAAACAACCUUUCUGAAAACAUAAUUGUGCACUUUUUAAAUAUUUCACUGAACAAAUGUAUGUGUAUUGUGCUCA